GUGAUGCGGGGGUGGGUCACUAACUGAACAAAGCCCUUUUGGACUCGCAAGCACUUGGUUAGUUGGUUCCCUCUGUAAUAGGCAGGCGCCAUGGACGUCUCGUCUUCCCAACCAUCCGAUUCAAAUAGUACGGUUCAUGGUGCUUCCUCUCUCCUUGCCAACCUUCCCUCUCGCGGUCUUCUCUCCUCCAGCGUCCUCUCCUCGAAUCCGGGAGGGAUGCGAGUUUAUAUCUGUGAGCACGAGACAUCACCCCCAGAGGGGCAAAAUAUUAAGACAAACCAACAGAAUAUACUGAUUAGAUCGCUUACUCUUAAGAAACACAAGGGUGAUUCCAGUUCAAGGGAUGCAAAGAGUGCAGCUGCAACUGAUGGCCCUAGAAAGAGGGCUUCUGAUAGGGUUGUGGACAGCAGGGCUGCAUCUAAGAGGGCCAAUAAUCAAACUGAUUCUCAACAAGAGAAAGACUUCCAUAGUUUGACAGUGGAGAGGCUUCGUGCCCUUCUAAUUGAACUAGGCCUUUCAACCAAAGGGAGGAAGGAUGAGCUGGUUGCUCGAUUGCGAAAUGCAGCCAUUUAAGCACUGUUCGGAAGGCGGGGAUAAAAAUCUGUUUUCCCUCAGAUGCAUCAUGCAUGUGUAGGUAAUUUUGUUGUGGAAGAUGGUCGAUAUAGUGUAUAUAGUACUUGCAUAUGAUCAUAUAUAUAACUGGUGGUCCGAAGAUAUUGAGAUUUGAGAGGUUACAUUUGAAUAAAUAUUGAGAGCUCUCAUGUUGUAGCCAUUUUUAAAACGUAUUUCGUGUUAAGCAUAUGAUUUGGUUGUGUU